AUGGACACACGCUAUGCUACACCCUUCUUUGCCUCCAAAUCGCGACUACCAGCCCCGCUUCCGUCACCACAGGACAUUGAACGGUCGGGCGUCGUCCUGCAACAGUAUACUGGCCGUCGGGUGAUUCGCUUCAACGACCACUUUAUCGUGAAAUACGGGCUGAAUGUGAGUCUCACAGAAGGCGAGAACAUGCUCUUCGUGCGGCAAACACAAUUAGUAGCUGUACCAGAGGUGUUUGCCUUGUUUUCCAUUGCAGGCACAGACGGCCAGAAUGUCAACUACAUCAUCAUGGAGAAUGUGGCAGGUGAUGGGCUUGAUGCCGUAUGGCUCCGACUGGAUCAGCCUGCGAAAGAAAGGGUGUCAGGCCAACUGCGCCUCCAGGUCGACGCUUUGAGGAGCAUACCCGCACCGGGAUACUUUGGCUGUAUUGGACGAAGGCCGUUCGAAGACGGACCAUUUGAUACCGAGGCGCAGUUGAACAACGCCUUUGUGCAAAAGUAUCUUUACAACAGCGGACUGCCUCACAAAGCCAAAUAUUAUCGUCGCGUGCUGCCACUGGUCCUGCGGAAUCAUGGCGCAGUAUUCACGCAUGGCGACUUGCAGCGAAAGAAUAUGAUAUUGAAGGAGGGCGGGGAGAUCGUGCUCAUCGACUGGGAAACCGCGGGGUGGUAUCCGGAGUAUUGGGAGUACGCAUUGGCCAUGUUUGCGUGCGGCUCAUGGGAGGACGAUUGGCAUGAGUAUGUUGCCGGCAUGCUGACGGAGUAUCCGAACGAAUACGCGUGGUUUGACAUGCUUCGGAGAGAGCUGUGGUCUUGA